UCUUUCUCUUUUGUUCUUUCUUUGUUUUACAAUUUCCAACAAAAAUAUUAUCUCUCGUGUCUUGUCUCUCAGUCUGUUAUAGUAAAAGCUAGAGGCACCAAAAAAAAAACCAUGGGAAGAUCCAUUUCCUGUUUCAAAAUCAUCACUUGCGGCACUGAUUCAGCUGAUAAAAACGACGACGUUAUCGAUGUUCCUCAGGACAAGAGAUCGAGUGACAAAAAGGGAUGGAGUUUCCGGAAGAGAUCUGAACGGCAUCGGGUGCUUAGCAACACUGUGGUACAAGAAGCUUCUACUGGACUGGAGGAAAGUCCUGAAACUGCUAGUUAUGUUCAACAGUCUGAUGUCUCCGUUGCUCCUGAGAAAACCUCCACCGUUCAGUACACCGAAGAGAAACUUCAGUCAGUGGCACCUAAAGAUUACGUUGAAGAAAAAUCUCAAUUAUCAACCCAAGAGGAUUUGAAAGUGCCCGAACCUGUUGUUGCUGCCACGAAUGAGGCUAAAGAUGAUUCUAACGUGGAUGAAUCCGUUGUUGUAGUCGUCCAGACUGCUAUUAGAGGGUUCUUGGCACGCAAAGAGCUAGGAAAGCUUAAGAACUUAGUAAAGUUGCAAGCUGCUUUACGGGGGCACUUGGUUCGAAGGCAUGCUGUGGGGACCUUACGGUGCAUUCAAGCCAUUGUCAAAAUGCAAAUGCUAGUCCGUGCCCGUCAUGCUCGUUUGUCUCAAGAAGGUUCCUAUUCCGAAAAGAAUGCUGCUUCUACUUCCAUAGAGAAGUUGCUUAGCAAUAGGUUUGCUCGUCAGCUGCUGGAUUCAAUGCCUAAGACCAAACCUAUCCGCAUCAAUUGUGAUCCAUCAAAACCGAGUCCGGGUUGGAGCUGGCUGGAGAGGUGGAUGUCCACGUCAUCAUCUGAAAAGACAUCAAUGGCAGAGUUACCUAACGAACAACCUCGUGACUCUCCACUCGAUGCUACAGUUCCAUCUAAAGCUAUUUCUGAGUCGAACGAUGUAAACAAGACAUUGGUUUCAUCAGAGAGUGAAGAGAAUCUAAUCACAUAUGUUGCUGCCGACUCUAAGUCCAAGGCUUGCCUGCCCACUUCUUCAGUAACAGGUGAUUUGGAGCGAACUCAGAUUGACAACAUGAGUACAUCCGACCUGAAAGAGACCUCGCUGGAUCAAACAAUUGAAACAGAGGCUCAUUGUCUUGAUGUUGGAGUUGAAUCUUUGGAUGCCGUGUUGUCCGGGGCAGAUACAAUAAGCAGGUCAAAGGAGCCAAGCAUCACAGAAAAUCCAGUCCUACAUGAUCGGAAGGGUCAACACGAUGGCUCGGAAUGUGGCACCGAACUUUCUGUCACUUCCACCCUCGAUUCACCCGAUAGAUAUGAAGUUGGAACCGUAGAAUAUGAGAAUGGAGUCAAAGUUUCCGAACAAGAAAAUUGUAGUUCUAACGGUGCCAAGGAUUUGGAUGUCAAAGAAAAUGCUACAAUUGCAAUCCUGGUGCCUGGUUCUUCUCUAUCCAUUGCUAACCAGCCCAAUAAACUUGAUGACACUAAAGGUGAACUGGCGAAUUUAGUUGCUGUUGACUCCCCUCGAGUAGAACAUGAACCAUGCAGAUUAUCCCCAGAAGCCUCUCCUAGGAGCCAUAUGACGGUUCCGGAAUCCCAAGGAACGCCCUCUAGUCAAGUAUCUAUAAAAAGUAAAAAGAAGAAAACUGAAAAGAGUGGUCAAAAGCGCAAGUCUUUUUCUACUGCUAAGGGUUCUCCAACUGCGGAUCGUAAUAGUGGUGCAAAAAGUAGUACGGAACAACCAUCCAAAGAUCAAAGAAGCGGGAAGAGACACAAUUCUUUUGGUUCAACAAAACCUGAUAACAUCGAUGAGGAACCAAGAGAUAGUAACAGUAGCAAUUCUCUUCCCCGUUUCAUGCAAGCCACGGAAUCUGCAAGAGCUAAAGUUAAUGCUAAUAACUCACCGAGAUCAAGUCCCGACGUGCAAAAUGGAGAUCUUUAUAUCAAAAAGAGACAUUCCUUACCCGGUGCUAAUGGGAAGCAGCAUUCUCCAAGAAUCCAACCAUCGUCGGGUGCAAAAGGAAAUGAUAGAAAAUGGCAAAGGUGAAGGCUUUUAUGCGAAGCAACCUUAUUAACAUGUUAUCAUGGUAAUCGACAUUUCGGAUCACAAACCGGUGCAGAUUGUUGGUCUUUACUAUCUAGUUUUAUAUAUAUACACACACAUAUAUAUACAUAUUAUCAUGUAAAACUUUCUGCAUGGAUGGUAUGCUUGUAUGUUUGGUUCAACAGUGUAUUGUGUGAUAUUAUGCUUUCCUGCACCAUGUUUUUGGAAUGUCUUUUAUGAGUAUUGGUCAUAAAGUCUUUAUUAUAAUAACGUUCAUGCAGUAAGUAUAUUUGUAUUCACAAUUUGAUUUAUAUACUUCAAAUAAGAUUUUAGCUGGCAUUUAACUUAA